AUGAAGACGCAGGUCUUGUUGCAGAACCUUUUGACGGAAGUUCUUGGUGGAUGCUUUCGUCUUCCCAUGAACAGACAUCAGAGAACCAGCAUAACUAGCGGAAGAUGUUCUCCAGGCCUCCAGACUGUGGUCCCUCUACGGGAUAAAACUACUUUGUCACCUAUGGGUGUCUAUCGCCAAGUGUUCGCCCAUAAAACCGUUGCAGUGUCUUUAACGAUUCUUAACGGCGAUGUCCGCUCCUUUUUUGAUUCUCCAAAGUGCUACGGGAAUUCUCCAUCAGCAGCCAAAGACCUGCUUGAUCCCAGGAUACGACGGCAAACGGUUGUUAGAAACAUCCGGAGAAAAUACAGGAUUUGGGGUGAAGGGAAGACGAAAUCGAUCGAUCUCAUCGUCUUUUCCAAUGAAGACGUUGAUUGCUGGAAGCCCUUAAGAUUCGGUUCAGGUCUUUCACCGAUGGAUCUUGAUCCUACGGUCAACAUAGAGGGUGCUUAUGGCUCCAGAUCUGGACAUCUUACAAUAACGGACGCAUUUGGAACACCAACCGCCCUGGUAAUUACAGAAGACCGAUUCCGUUUCGCUCCGUUUCAUGCUCCUUGCUACUUUUUGAUAGGCGCCGGAAUGUGGAAGACUUUACUGUUUUCGGUGCCGGUUGCCCUGCCUUCUGGCACGUACGCCCCGCUCUUCUCCUCCAGGACAGCCAGAUCAAGAGUGUCAACAUUUUUAUCGGUCCAUUUGAACGUGCAAGCCAACUCCAGAAAGAUAUUUACUCUCCUACAAAGGUACAAUGACGCUGUUAAAUUCGCGCAGACGUCAUAUUCUGUUGCAUGCCCUCUGAGAAUUCACUCUUUUCCGGCAGAAUAUCUGUCUACCACAUUGCCCACAAGACCAAAGGACCCAACUUAUCAGUGCUACGGGAUCUUGUCGGCUGAAUAUGGCAAAUUAGAUCCCCGUGUUCUGCAAAAAAAAAUGCUACGGAGGUUCACUGGGCCCAUAAUACAUAGGCUCCAGUUCUGGGUCGUGGAGUAG